AUGGGAAGACCUAAAGACUCUAAAAAAAGUCUUGUUCAUCCUACUACAAGUUCAACGGUCACUUCGGCGACCGCUGGUUCUUCAAAGACGUCAGCUCCUUUAAAAAUCAAGCUUCCAAAGCUGGGAAUUUCUUCAAAGGAGAAACAAAAGCAGCAUCUAGCACACACGGGUACAAAAAAAAGACCCAUUAUAUUGGGUAAAAUACCUGAAGACGAUGAUAUCGAGGAUAAAGACGUUCCCGUUGAGGAGCAAUUUAUUUUAAGAUUGAUGGUCCCCGAGGACGUUAAACAAAGAUUUAGAGAAAAGGUUAAAAGUGGAAAAUCUAUCGAAGAUAUCGGAAUCAUUUUUAAAGAUCCUCGUCGUGCAAUCUUUACGUUUGAGAAUCAAAAGUAUCGUGCUAGAUUAGUUGAUUUACCUUGUAUUAUUGAGGCUCAAAAAACUUUCAAUAAAAUACAAUACUACAAGGUUGCUGACAUAUGUCAGAUGUUGAUUGUAGAAUCUCAGAUUUCAUCUCAGGAAGAUGAACAAUUAUUUACUGAAAAUUCCAAAUCUUCAAAUGUUGAUGAAUUUGAAUGGUAUGACGGAUUAACACCUUCCCUGAAGAAUAAUGUCGCAUUCAAACAAAAACGAAUUCGAGGUUUUGCGAAACACGACAUAUACGAAUGUGUUCUCUUAUCCUUUAACAAAGGAAAUGAACCAGGAAAAUAUUAUCCAUCUUGUCAGGCAACUGCAAUGUCCUUGUUGAAAAUUGAAGAUAUCGAAAAAGAGGUUGAAAAAUUAUUACAUGAAGAUUCGUUAGCAGAGGAAGUAAAGCUGGAUUCAGAAGCAUCAUCUUCAGCAUCGGAGGAUGAUGAUGAUAGCGUGGAUGAAGAUCCGGAAUUAACACAAAUAUUUAGCAAACGUGAAGAGUUAACAACCGAAAUUUCCAGAUUAGAACAAGAUAUAAAUAAUCUCGAAACUCACUUCGCAUCUGCAAUCAAUCCAUUAAUACAGGGACGGCUCACCAGUAAAAUUGCUUCUGCUAAAGAAGAAAUUUCACAAAAGCAACAAGAGAUUGAAUCUUACAAUGAGCAAGCUGAAGAUGAAGAAAAUAAAUUGGACGAAAGUAUGAUGGAUAACGAGAAUAAUGAUGGAAAAUUCAAAGAAAAUAGCGAAGAAAGUGAAAAUGAAUUAGAGAAAUUAGAAGAAUUAGAAGAUCAUAGUACCUCUAAAAAGAGUGAAUAA